UGCGCACAGUUGAAUCCCGUGGCGGGGGAAUCGAGACGAAAACAACAAACUUUUAUUUAUUCCCCAUUCAACCUCUGCAGGACGGUUUCACUGUACUAAUUAUUACUUUUUUUGUUUGAAUCUGAACUGGAAGAUGGUUGAAGGUCCGGGCUGCACGUUGAACGGAGAGAAGAUCCGCUGUAAAGUCCAACAGGGACAGAAACUAAAGGAAACCAGAGGCAGCCUGGUGACAUCCAAAAAAAACAACCCUGCAGGAAAUGCCUUCCACGGUUUUGUUGGUUGUGCAUACACCGGAGUGCAAACUGUGGGCAAAGAGCUCUUCAUGUACUUUGGUCGGAAAGCAUUGAGAGUCCAUUUUGGGAUGAACGGAUCAAUGCGUAUAAACCCCGCUGAGAGGAAGGAAAGAACCGGCUCCGCACCAGUGCUGCAAAUACACCUGACUAACGACACUGUGUGCUUCUUUGACAGCACGGUGGAAAUAAGGUUGACGGAGGACUGUGAGCAAAGGGUGAGGACCUUGGAGAGUCUGGAUGUGUGCUCCCCGAAGUUCAGCUUCCCCCGCUCCGUGGAGGCAGUGAGGAGCCAGAGCAGCAGGAUGCUCUGCGACGUUCUCCUGGACCAGGCCGUCAUGCCGGGAGUCGGCAACAUCAUUAAAAACGAAGCCCUGUUUGACUCGGGCCUCCAUCCAGCCGUGAAGGUUCAACAGCUGAAAGACGAGCAGAUCCAACACUUGGUGAAGAUGACGCGUGAUUUCACUCUUCUGUUUUACAAGUGUCGCAAAUCUGGCUCUCCUCUCUACAAACAUUACAAAGUCUACAAGCGUCCCCAGUGCGGCCAGUGCUCUCAUGUCAUCACGGUCUGUCGUCUUGGAGACAACGGCAGGAUGACUUACUUCUGCGGGAGCUGUCAGAAGGGAGAUCCCAGCGGGGUCGACGUCAGUAAGCUCCCAGCCAGGAACAGUUUGAUUAACUGGGCCCGCAAUGACAGGACCAACGAUAACGUGGCUAAGAGGGAGGAAGAGGACUGGGCCUGUCAACUCUGCACGCUCGUCAACCAGCCAGCGGCAAAAGCCUGUGACGCCUGCCUCACUCCGAGACCUGAGGUCCACAAAGAUGACAUUAACACUGAGGCAUCACCCUUCACCACUGAUUUGAUUAAAUACCCCUGCACUGCCUUCAAGAAGCCACAGGAGGAGCUCAAAGUCAACUGGAGGUCUGCGUUCGGGACUUCCACCCUUGUUUUCUCCGACUUGAGCAAGAAGCCAAAGCCCGUAAACUCCCCGCUCUCCCCGGCCGGCAGUCAUUUGAAUUCCUUGGCGGCGGAGCGAGGUUUAUAUAAAUACAGCGUCUGCCAAGGGACAACAAGCCCCAAUUAUGCCUCUGGUGGCUGGCAGAGGCAAAGUGCCGAGCUCUCCAAUGGGGAAUCACUGGCCUCCUACAGUCACCCAUCCAAGAAAAUGAGAAUUGAUCACAGCCCCUUUCCCAGUAACAAUGCUCAAAAUGGAGCCCCCAACUCAGGUAAGCGCAAAAUGGAAACGACAAGCCGCAGCCCCUCCGGUUCCCCCAGUCCCAGUGCCCCUUGUUGUGCAUCCCAUGGUCGCCCAGCUGUCCUCAGAGUGGUCCACAAGGACGGGGAGAAUAAGGGACGACAGUUCUACUCCUGCUCGCUUCCCAGAGAAACCAAGUGUAACUUCUUCGAGUGGGCUGACUCGCACUUCCCCUUUUGUCACCACGGGAAACGCUGUUUAAUGAGGACAGUUCUGAAACUGGGACCCAACAAUGGACGGAAUUUCUACAUUUGCAGCUUUCAAAAGGGUAAACAGUGUGACUUUUUCCAGUGGGCAGAGAAUGGACCGGGAGUUUCAAUCCUCCCUGGUUGUUAACG